AUGAAUCUAGACAGCUGCUCCGUGACUUGCUUCAAGAAGCACAAGGAGCAGUGCAACCUUGAAACUCGUCCUGUUGAGAAAAAAAGAUCAGCUCCUCCUGUAAAAGCUACACAGCCUGAGGAAAAUAGAGAUGAUGAUUCCUCUGUAGCUGAUUUUCUCAAUAGUGAUGAGGAAGAGGACAGAGUUUCUUUGCAGAAUUUAAAGAAUUUAGGUGAAUCUGCAACAUUAAGAAACCUGCUUAAUCCACACUUAAGACAAUUGGUGGUCACCCUUGACCGGGCGGACAACAAAGCAAAGCUCAUGAGAGCCUACAUGCAGUAG